GCUUGCUCCUCAGAGAACAUUCUAUAGUCUUUCAAGAAUAAAAACCUGCUUUGUUUGGCAUACAACAGCAAAUAGGUCUUGCAACAUUUGCCAGAGGUAGUCAAACAGUUCAGUGCAAGCAAUCACAAAAUUUGGUCACCAACCAAACCAGAGCUAAUCUUUCAGUUCCUGUAGAUUAGAAGACAAUAUUAACUCACUCUUUCUGCUUGUUGACUUUUGCAUCCCUUUAUUUGUGUAUUCAAUGAACAAGUAUCUCUGUGGGAACUCUAGGCCUUGUCAGUUUAAUGACUUAUCAGGUUUACUUUGGGCAAGUAUCGAUUAUUCUUUUGUGAAAUGAGUUAGAUUCUUAAAUGAAAAACAAACAACAAAAACUUUUCACACGGCAUGGCUGCAUUUCCCCUUUCUAACAAGGUUCGGUGGGUCCAUCACGGCUCAGCUGCUUGUUACUGAGGAUUUAACGUGAUCCAAACAGAGGAAGAGAUGAGACGAGGUCUCCAGAAUCCUUCUCCAGGAUCUCUGUGCGACCCUUUCCUUGACUGUGACCCGUUUGUGGGGACUAACUCCUUUCUCGCCGCUGCUCUUUGGGCUGAGUUUCUCGAGUCCAAAGACCUCACCCACCCGGGACCCUCCACCAAAUCCUCGGCUUCGUCAGUGGAGGGGAGCAGUGUCCCCAGUGACCUCGGGGACAAAGGCAGAAAAGCCUAGCCGGCUCAGAGCGCUCCUCAAUGCCUGAAGCCGCCCCAGGCCUCCCCGCCCAGGCCUUCGUCCCCAGUAGGAGGUGCCUGCCUCGGGGAUCCCGGCGCCGUGCUGCCUGGCCCGCGUGGCCUCACCUGCCGCUCCCCGGAAGUCUCUGCCCUUACCCCCCGCGUCCUCGAAAUCGAGGUCCCGAGACCUACAGGGCAGUCGCGCAGCCGGAAACUGGCCCCUGGACUUCCUCACUCCCGACGCGCGGCGGGGCCGACCGGUGGGCGGGACGCGAAGGCCGCGGCUUCCGCCUUCCUGCUUCCGGUCUGGAGUUUUCCUAACCGCUAUAAGGAUGUUUGACAUAAAGGCUUGGGCUGAAUAUGUCGUGGAAUGGGCUGCAAAGGACCCGUACGGCUUCCUUACAACAGUUAUUCUGGCUCUUACUCCACUGUUUCUAGCAAGUGCUGUACUGUCCUGGAAAUUGGCCAAGAUGAUUGAGGCCAGGGAGAAGGAGCAAAAGAAGAAACAAAAACGUCAAGAAAAUAUUGCAAAAGCUAAACGACUGAAAAAGGAUUGAAGGACUGAACAGGUUCUGCAACCAGCGGCAAAUCAUUUGGGAAAUUAUACUGCUUUGGAAGGAUCCAUUAUAGGUUUUUUUCUUUGGAUUUCAUGACAGUAUUAUUUAGUAAAUGAAAUCUGAUUGAUCAUAAGGAAAAUCAUGUUCUGACCUCAAUACUGUCUCUAGUAACUUUCAAGCUUGGGUGUAGUUUGUUGGCAGUACUGUAAAUUAGCAUUUACUGUGGCACAAUGUCUUUAUGCUGCCUGGGUCAUUGCCAUUUAGCAGCAUGCAUACUGAAAUGAAAAUAUCCUAUGGAGAAAAAGACAAGAUGAUGAACUCCAUUCAAAUAAUGGUUUAAAAUGGGAUCCUGUUCUGGACAAAGGAUAUUAAGAAUGUAAAAGUCUGAAUUGUCAUCUCCAAGGGGAAAAGUAUGCUUUGGCUUAAAAGAGAUACAGUACAUUAAUCACAUCUUUGGUCAUUAUUGCUUAUUUCUUGAAAUAGAAUCAUUUCUGCCUUUCUUAAAGUAAAAUAAUAUUAAUCAAAAAUAAUAUUUUCUGCGUUUUUCUGAUUCUA